AUGCCGCCCGUCCGCACGUCGCGCACGCGCAAACCCCCGCCAGCGGGCUUCGACGACAUCGAAGACACGCUGCUCGAGUUCAGCAACAAGAUGAAGGACGCCGAGAACGCCUCGCACGACGGCAAGAAGAAGCACGAGAUGGUGUGGCCGAUUUUUCAGAUCAGUCACCAGCGCUCGCGGUACAUCUACGACCUGUACUAUGAGAAAGAGGCCAUCUCGAAACAGCUGUACGACUGGCUUCUCAAGAACAACUAUGCGGAUGCGAACUUGAUUGCCAAGUGGAAGAAGCAGGGAUAUGAAAAGCUCUGCUGUCUUCGUUGCAUCCAGACGAAAGAAACGAAUUUCAACGCCACCUGUAUCUGCCGCGUGCCCAAGGCCCAGCUCAAGGAAGACCAAAUGAUCCAGUGCGUCAGUUGUGGAUGUCGCGGCUGUGCCAGCAGUGAUUAG